AUGGAUGGUUAUCGUUUGAGCCAAAUCAGCGAGAUCAGAUGUCAACUGGAACAAGAACGCGACGUGUGGAUUGUAUUAUGCAAAAAAUACCUGGACGGUGUGGACACUGCCCUGAUGGCAACCAGCAUGGGACUUGGCACGGCUGGCGUCGACUUAUUAUCGACCAUUAUAGCUGCCCCGUCGUCCUGGGAAAGCCAGACAGUCACCAUUUUGCAGUUCUCCUCUCCAGCGUGUAGACCGGGAGCAGAAAUGGAGCACGAGAAAUGGGGUUCUCCAGUGGAUUACAUGAUGACAAUUCUUGGCUACUCAACUGGAGUGGGAAGCAUGUGGAGAUUCCCGUACAUGUGUAUGAGAAACGGCGGAGGAGCAUUCCUGAUACCGUUCGUGGUAUUCAUGAUCAUCGGCGCAGUUCCCUGUGUGUUCCUUGAAAUGGCGAUCGGUCAGUUCUCACAGAGUGGAGCAGUUAAAGUCUGGAACCUGUGUCCACCGUUUAAAGGUAUGGGCAUAGGGAACGUCCUUAUCAGCAUAUUCUUCAGCAACUACUAUUCUGCUCUGUUUGCCUGGUUAAUCUACUACUUCUACCACUCCUUCUCUCCCAACAUCCCCUGGAGUAACUGUGACAACCCAUGGAACACACCCUCGUGUAUAUCGUUCGACAACGUCCGCGAUGACGCACCUGCCAACUCUACAAAUGUUUCUACUGCCGUUUCCAGAACAGUGAAUGUCCUUCACAACUCUUCCGCCUUAUCUAAUUAUUCUGCCUUGGCUAAUGGGACCAAGCAUUUAAUUGCAAUCACACCGGCAGAAGAGUUCUGGACGUAA